AUGAUUUUGCCUGUCAAAUAUGAUGAGUAUAGGGAAUUUGAUGUGAAUCGUUAAUUGCAUGAUCAAGCAAGGGAUUUCAGAAUGGUGUAAUAGGAGCUUCUUAAGUAGUAACUCUAGGACCAAUAGGUGGAAAUGGAAAGGAGAAAGAGAUCUCUAACAACACAAAAACAAAGAGAGGAACUAUUAUACUUGGAAAAUUUGAGGAAAGAAAAAGAAAUGCAUCAUCUCAUGGAAGGACAAAACAAAUAGUUUAUCAGGAAGGAUUUAUCAAAAUGGUAUGAAAAUUCACUUACUAAUUAAAGAAUCAACCAAGAAUAACUAGUAAUGUUAUCUAUAUUGAUAGAGAUAAGAAAGAUAAUAUAUUGAAUAACAGAUUGUUGACACUGCGAAGCAAGGAUAAACAAUGGCUGAGUUCUUUGAAAAAUAAAAGAAAGAUUAUUAUCGGAAAGUGCAGGAUCAACAAUACGGUCAGGCGCAGAUUAAAAAGCUUAAUGAAAUGAAUUAUAAAAAGUUUGAUUAGGCGGUUUACUAGGAAUAAGUUCAUCAAGAGAAUACAAAAAUAUAAAGGAAGUUAGACAAUUACAAAUAAGUACAUAAUUUUUUAUAUCUGUUUAAAGUACUAUCAAAAUGUCUAAAACAGACAACAAUAAUUGUAGGCAAUGUAUUUGGAAAACUACAGAGAUCCAAAACAAGGGUUAGAUGACAUCAUCUCUAAAAAUGUUAUGGAAAAAUAAUAACAAGACGAGAAGCUAUACAGAUAUUAGAAGGAAUUAGAAGACGUAUCUAAGGAGAAGUACAGUUCGAUACUUUCAAUUCAGUUGCAGGAGCAAUAACAGAAGAAAAGACAGAACAGAAAUGAGGUGAAAUUGAAUGGCUAUCAACAAGCUAAUUCCGUCUACUGGUAGAACACUGAGAGAUAAACGAAUGUAUGAGUAUUUGAUAAGCUAGAUCUCAACACCUGUUCGGAGUGCAGUUUCAGAGUAAAACCAAUUAUAUAAUCCACUUACUAAUCCGAAUCCGAAUCAAACCCAGAAUCCUUAUAUACUGAAAUAAUUGGGAAUGAAUCUGAACGAUUUGCCUACUCCAGCCUAUACUAAAUCGAAGUUAGCUUCAAUGGGAAAGUUUUGCAUCAAUUGA